AAAUUACGCUUUUUGUCACGUGAAAAAGUACUCUUGGACGUUUUCAUGUAUGUGAGGUAUAUAUCAUCUUUUAUCAAUAUGUUAUAUAAACGUGACGUUCAAAAUAGUAAGUAAUAUCCGGCCAUCAACGGGGUCGUCCGGCUUGGAAGCGAAAAAACUGGAGUACAUGAAGGCAACAUGUUUGCCUGUCUUCCGGUGGUGUGGAGGUCCCAGUAAAGCGAUCAUGACCGCUGUAGUAGUCCGCCGGCUUGCUGCUCUUUCUGGGGCUUCAGCGGUGGCACUUGGUGCUUACGGGGCGCAUGGUUUCAAACACAGCGACCCUGAUGAUUACCAGAGAGUGCUAUUUGAAACAGCCAACAAGUACCAUUUCUAUCACAGCCUGGCCCUGCUGGGUGCCGCCCACUCCAGCAAACCUGCUGUGGCUGGCACUCUUCUGAUUGCCGGCAUGGGAAUGUUCUGCGGAUCGCUGUACCACCAGGCCAUGACGGGGGACCCCGGUCUUCGCAAGGUGGCCCCCGUGGGAGGCAUGGCGAUGAUCGUGGGCUGGCUGGCGCUCAUCCUCUGACCUGUUGUUUGCUUGUGUGUUUAUGUUGUAAUAAUGCCUGUAUAGACUUUGCUCAUCUACUUUUUGGAAUAAAAAUAUAACUUGGUGGGAAUGAUUGAA